AUGAACUCGAAUUCGGCAACUUUGAGCAAAGGGACCGCUAUUCAGCGAGCAGAGCAGUAUCGCUUGCCCUUCGGUCGCCACAAGGACCAAAGUCUUCAGCAGAUCGAGGAUAAAGACCCAACUUACAUCUCCCGGUGCAUGGUCAAGCAUCCAGAACUCUUCGACCGGUACCCAAGUCUUCGAGAAGCUCUUGUGCUUCAUCUACAAUCACACCUUCGGCAAUCUCGCAUGUCUGAAAAUUGGCACCCUCCAAGUCUUGCUUCAGCGCAUGCCAGGUUCCGAGACCAAUUCCGGUGUGAUAAAUGGAUUACCUCCUCCGAUGCUUGCGGUUUUUUUCGUGUAAGAGAUGAUGUCCUUUCGCAACUGCAGGAGGCAGCUCCCAUUGAUAUAUUUGGCUUGGUUCUGCCGCGAUAUUCUAACACCCCCAAGUAUUGGCUAUACCAUGUGUGGGCUCUAGUGAGAUAUUACAGUUCAAAGGAGGACGCUGAUCGAGGCUUGAGGGAGUUCGAAAGGAGGGACCGUCGUGUGGAGAGGGAUUAA